AUUUCUUUUCUUUUUCCCCUUUUUUUUCUCUCUUCCACUGGUUAAAGGAACCUUUCGAGAUCUCAUUUUGUUCUCUCCGGAAGCCGGCGAAAGGAAUGCCUGCUUUUCUUCCUUUCUAGGGUUUCUUCUUCUUCUUCUGCCUCCACCUCCGCCUCCGUUUUUCCUUUUCCUCUUUUUCCAAUGGACGGAGGAGGAGGAGAAGGAGGAGGAGCAUUGUCUUCAAUGGAUGCUUUUGAUUCAUUCCUCUUCUCUCUUAGCAAUUCCUUUUCUACUCCUCUUGCUCUUUUCAUUCAGAUCCAGGGAUGUAUAAUAUGCCUUGUUCUUGCCUUUGGGUGGGCUUGUGCUGCUUAUGUUAGAAAUAGAGAGAUAAAACGUAUAAAGGGGAGAGUUCGAGCUGGUAAUAGCUUUGCUUUCAUUUGUAAUGACAUCAGUGAACUCGAGCACUCCAAUCAGGUCAAUUUACCAAGAGUGACAAUUAUUAUGCCUUUAAAAGGCUUUGGAGAACAUAAUUUACACAAUUGGAGAAGUCAGGUGACAUCCCUUUAUGGCGGUCCUUUAGAAUUUCUUUUUGUAGUGGAAAGUACGGAGGACCCUGCUUACAGUGCUGUAUUGCGGUUGCUAUCUGAUUACAGGGAUGAGGUCGAUGCCAGAAUUCUAGUGGCUGGCCUAGCAACAACUUGCAGCCAAAAAAUUCACAAUCAGUUGAUUGGGGUGGAGCAAAUGCAUAAAGAUAGCAAAUAUGUGCUAUUUUUGGAUGAUGAUGUCAGGUUGCAUCCUGGAACAAUUGGAGCCCUCACAGCUGAGAUGGAAAAGAAUCCUGAUAUAUUUAUUCAAACUGGAUACCCUCUUGAUUUACCUUCGGGGAGUUUAGGGAGUUACUGCAUCUAUGAAUAUCAUAUGCCUUGUUCAAUGGGCUUUGCUACUGGUGGAAAGACAUUUUUUCUUUGGGGAGGUUGCAUGAUGAUGCAUGCUGAUGAUUUUAGAUAUGAUCGUUACGGAGUGGUCUCUGGUCUACAAGAUGGUGGAUACUCAGACGAUAUGACUCUAGCAGCUAUAGCGGGUGCUCACAAGAGGCUUAUUACAUCACCUCCUGUUGCGAUUUUCCCUCAUCCUCUGGCUAGUGAUCUAAACUUAGGAAGGUAUUGGAAUUACUUGAGAAAACAAACUUUCGUUUUGGAAUCAUACACGUCUCAUGUUAACAAGAUGAUGAACCGGGCACUAUUUACUUCUCACUGCUAUCUGUCAUGGGGGUUUGUGGCACCAUACUUUAUGUCUAUGAUUCACGUUGCUGCUGCUCUACGAUUUUACGCUAAAGGUUACUCACUCGAGGAAACUGGUUUUAGCACUGUGGGGAUGACAAUGGUGUGCAGUCUUGCUGCCUGCACUAUUAUUGAACUCUUUUCAAUGUGGAACUUGACUAGAGUAGAAGUUCAUUUAUGCAACAUUCUAUCCCCGGAGGCUCCUCAACUCUCUCUUGCUUCCUACAACUGGGGAUUGGUAUUCAUUGCAAUCUUGGUGGACAACUUUUUGUACACUAUCUCUGCAAUACGUUCUCAUUUUUCUCAAUCAAUCAACUGGUCGGGCAUCCGAUACUACUUGAAAGAUGGAAAAAUACACAAGAUCGAAAGAAGUAUACCGAAAGUGGACAUGGGUCCGAUUUAUACAGACUUGGGAGGGAAGCAUUUAUAUGGAAAGAAAGGAAUGGCUCCAAAGGUUUCAUUCCUUGGCUCCUUAGCCAAAACUUUGGCACAAUGGCGUCAACCUAAGAAAUUCGAUAGCUAGGAAAGAGGAUAGAGUAUGUUCACAAGAACUACUAAUUAUUGGUUAUUAUGUGUUUUUUCCCCGUCAUGGGGGAAGGAAGGGGGCCAUAGAAAGCAUAGGUGAAAGAAAGAGUGGGAUUGAUUUUAGUUAUAAAUUCUUUGGGAUUACUCUUGCCACUCCCAUUUGUUGAUUGAUCAUAAAUAGAAGUUCUAGGUACUUUCUUUCUCUUCAUUCUUUUCUUUUAUUUUUUUCCCAUUCCAUCCAUUUGAUUCUUCUUCUUCUUCUUCUUCUUCACCAGCCAGGGUUUGUUUGGGUAAAUUGGCAGUGAUAUAUUUUUUUUCUUCUUUUGGUUUCUUUCCCCAUGUGAUUCUUGUAAUCUUUCAUUAUAAUCAUGUAAAACUUGAGCUUGUGAAGUAUCAACCUUGUGAUUUGCCAUCUUCUCAAUUUCUUAUUUGUAAUGAUGUAAACUCUUGGCAGUGACAGUGUAGUGAUUACAAUUGUGGGUGUUUUCAAUGUCUAAGAAAAUUGCUUUUUUUUUUCUUCUUA